AUGGGUCGCUCUCAGGAGCUCAGUGAAUUCAAGCGUGGUCCCGUGAUAGGUUGCCACCUGUGCAAUAAGUCCAUCCGUGACAUUUCUUUGCUAAUAAAUAUUCCACGGUCAACUGUUAGUGGAAUUAUAGCAAUGUGGAAGCAACUGGGAAUAACAGCAACUCAGCCACGAAGUGCGCAUGCACAGAAGUCGCCAACUGUAUGCAGAGUUGAUAGCUAAAGAUCUCCAAACUUGUGAAGGGAACUCUUAAGGCGUCAGCAUACCAAGACAAUUUCAUGCUCCCAACUUUGUGGGAACAGUUUGGGGAUGGCCCCUUC